CAUUCUGAUCUAUUAAUAACGAGUGCUGAAGUUGCGUCUAAGCCUAAGUGUGCUCACAGAGGAAGGACGCAACAUUCUGAGGGCUGUUGUUGGGUUCUUUUGACAUGUUUUAACUUGAAUAAGUAACACAGUUGGUUUCAGUUGUAAAGUGAAAGUAAAAGUAUUUGAUCUACUCUCGUACAGUGACUCACUGCAGUUCCAGUAAAGGGUGUCAUGUCAAGGGAGACAUUUCCGUUCACGUCUACGACACUGCGCUCUCUGAGAGUGGAGCGGGAGUUUCAGGAAUGGGAGGAUGCUCGACGAGCGUUGGCCCAGAGGAGAGCUUUGACCAGAGCCCCGCUGCCACGAGCUCCAAGGCUUCCAUCCAGACAGCAGCAGCAUCUUCAGGAGGUCCGGGCUCCUCCACCCCAGAUGCGAUGUAGGGACACGUCUGUCCACAACACCUUCAUGUGUGGAGACAUGAGAGGAGUGUAUGCAGUGCUGAAGGACCCAGCGAUGGUGAACGCACUUAUGGAGACAGUGCAUGAGGAGAUGGUAUGGGCUCCAGAGAUGGGCAUGUGGACGAUGAGCUCCAAGGUGAAGCAAAGCUCAGCUUUACGUCUGGCUGCCAGCAGAGGACAUUCAGGAUGUGUGGAGGAGCUGCUGUUUCGUGGAGCUGAGGUGAACGCAGACCCUGGGGGCAACACGGCUCUCCACGACGCUUGCAUAGGUGGCCACGCUGUCUGCGUCGGGCUGCUUCUUUCUCACGGAGCAGAUGCUGAACUGUUGACCGCAGAUGGUAGUGCUGCUCUUCACCUCUGCACAUCUGCACAGUCAUUCCACUGUGCAGAGUUGCUCUUAGAAGGAGAUGCCGAGGUCAAUGUGAGGAUGAAGGAGUUGAGGCUCACACCUCUACACGUGGCGGCUCGGCGAGGCCUGGAGGAGCAUGUGGAGCUCUUCCUGAGCCACGGGGCAGACGUGUUGGCCACAAAUCGUGAAGGGGAGACUCCUCUGAACGCUGCUUGCUCUGGAGCCGAGAGGCCGUCGGAAUCCGGCCGGUACCUCAGAGUGAUUCAGAUGCUACUGGGUGCAGGAGCCGACCCCAAAAUUGCAGGCAGGAAGAAGCACACCCCACUGCACAAUGCCUGCGCAAACUGUUGCUCUAGGAUCGUAGACAUCCUCCUGCAGCAUGGAGCAAAGGCCGAUGUCGCAAACUGUGUAGGAUACACACCAAUGGACUGCCUGUUACAGGUGAUGGAAGAUUAUCUGGACCAGCAACCUGAAGAAAUAGCACGGUCGCUUUUGAACUAUGGAGCCAAGUCUGUUUUACCAAAGAUGCUAAAGCAGUGCAUCCUCUCUCCUGCCACUCUGGAAGUGAUGCUGAACUCAUAUACAUGUGUUCCUCCCUGUGACUGGAUGGACUCUCUGCCUGCUGAGAUAUAUGAGGAGCAUCAGGCUUUCUUUGACUUGGUGCGUCAGCGCAGUGGACAGCCUCGCGCUCUGCAGCAUCUCUGUCGAUGUGCGUUACGCCUGCGCCUCGGAGCCCGGUGUCACUCAGCAGUCAAUAAACUGGACAUUCCCACUUCUGUGAGGGAUUAUGUGCUGCUGCGUAAUGAUGGAACACUCCAUUGACUGUGUGUUGUAUAGAGCAGCAAGUAACUAUUUUAUCAAAAUGUAUUAAUCCGUUGAUUAUUUUUUCAAUUAAUCAGGAACUUAUUAGGUCCAUAAAAUGUCAGAACAUGUUUACCAAACCUGAAAAUGAUAAUUGAUACAUAAUCAGUGAAUCAUUGCAGCCCAAGUGUUGUAGCACGGUGGUGCUUGUUCAGAAAUAUUGUCUGAAAUGUACAAAUAAAAUCUAUAGCUAUA